AUGACUGAAGGAAGCCGACAGGCUACGGUAGCUCAGCGGAUUCGAAUUCCAAGAAUCGCGAUAGCACCGCCGUCUGCGACUCUUCAUGGUGCACAAUAUCUCACACCUCAUGCAUCGACUCUCCCCAGAAGCAACGAUGUUCUCACAUCUCCCACCUACAUCACCGAUCAUCUUCCAUCUCGCCGAUUAUCGGAAAUCGAUAGCCCGUUCUAUCUUCCAAAUCUUCUUUCAUCAACGUCUGAAAGAGAACGAAUUUCGAGAUCUUACGCUCCCAUGAGCGGAUACUCUACAACUCCAUUGAGAAUUCGAACUGAUGUUUCUGCUCUUCCAAGAUUUGUGGACACUAAUACAGACUAUGGGAACACAGUUAGAGACUAUUCGGCGAGAGAUUAUGUUCGAGAGAGGGCAAUCACUUCGGCAGAUGACCGAGAGGAAUUUAAACGAAUCUCUCAAUAUCCAGCAACCGCAGAAGUCAUUGGGCUGCAACCUCCACGAAUGAUGACUCCAAAUGCUCCAUUCGAAGCGGAAUCUCCGAAAUCGCACCAUCCAAUUGUCCCUGAAACUCCUGCUGACGUUGAUCGUCUUGCUCUUUACAACAAUUCUUCAUUGGGAUAUCAACGACUUUGUUACUUCCUUUCAAGAUAUCCAGCCAUCGCAAUGACUAUCAUUUCCACUUGGAUGUUAUGGGGACGAGGAUUGGGUCUGACAUCGGUGAAAUCAAAUGAAAAUGUUUGUUAUAUUGUGUCAUUUGCCGCUGGAGUUUUCAUUCUUUCCAGUCAAGUUUUGUUGUCUACCACACAUGGAAAUUCAUAUAAAAAGGAGAAGAUUUUGUCCAAUCUCUACCAUCUCUCUAACACCAUCGGAGUCCUCAUUUGCAUCACUGUCAUCGUUUUUGCUGCAAUUUCUUACCAGAAUGUUCAGAACCUCAACUAUCUCCUCGACACAUGCACAUGGUCGGAUUCAUCUCUCGGAGGGAUCACCAGAUUCUAUUGUUUCACUCCAAAUGAGAGAAUUGUCUUCCUGUCGAUUCUCAUUGGAGCAUCUGGUCUUAUUAUUAUUCUUUAUCUCCUCAGUGGAGUUUACGGAUGUGUGGGUGCAUCUUUGAUGAAAAAGAAGCGACAGGACGAGUUCAGAGAGUACGCUGAGGCGCACGACAAUGCCGCUUUCCGGUUCUAA